AUGUCGCAUAACAACAACGACCCUUCGCGUGGUGUUGCAUACGAUCCUUUACCUCUUACCCAGGACGACCACCUCCCAAAUACUCUCUAUAAUGCUCCUCCGUCCCCAGACCUUACAUCGACUUUCCACACACCUCAGACUGCACCAGGGGAGCUAGGACCCGACACUGCAUUAGGAGGUGCCCAGCCUCGCUUCCUUGGUGCGGCCUUGUAUGAUGGGCCCGGGUCUCCGGUAAUCCGCGACUCCUUUGCGUCAUCUCAACACACCUUUCCAGGCUCCGAAUACAAUGCAUCUGUCUAUGCUCUCAACGACCCGUCAGGUCCUGCGCGCUAUGAUGGCAGCUACCGUGACGAUCCACGCGAUAGUUACUAUGCUGGUGAGCAUGGUGGUGUGCCCAUGUCUCAGGGGAACUCGUCAGCCAGAAUGCUGGAGGAAAAACGCACUGCUUAUGAGCCCCCACAAACGAAAUCGCGUCGUAAAAUUAUGAUUCUGGGUGCCAUUGCUGCUCUGAUUCUCAUCAUUCUUGCCAUCAUUGUUCCGCUGUAUUUCGCUGUCUUCAAAAAGUCAAACAAUAAUGAGGCUUCUAGUAGCCAGAGUACUUCCAAAGCAACUACGUCCUCAUCUGCUCCACCGACUUCUUCGUCGGCUGCGUCUCCACCUGUACGGGUCGUGACAGGAGGCGACGGUUCGAUUAUAACCAUGGAAGACGGAACUACCUUCGAAUACAAAAACCCUUUCGGUGGUUAUUGGUAUUGGGAUGAAAACGAUCCCUUUAAUAAUGGCGCAAGAGCACAGUCUUGGACACCUGCUCUAAACGAAACCUUUAAUUACGGCGUUGACAGGGUUCGAGGUUCUCCGGCACUUUAUCAGAAGUAUUCGUCAAAUCCCGUGCCACCAGUUGAUGAAUGGACUCUUAGUCAAGCUAUGCGAGCAGAUGUAGCUGGAGGAGGUAUCUCUCAAAUGGAAACGCACUAUAAAACUUUCAUUACGGAGAAAGAUUUCGCGGACGUUGCAGGGGCGGGUCUUAAUUACGUCCGUAUUCCCAUCGGUUGGUGGGCAAUCGAAGUACGGGAUGAUGAACCUUUCUUGCCUAAAGUGUCAUGGACCUAUUUCCUCAAAGCAAUCAAAUGGGCUCGCAAAUACGGUCUACGAAUCAAUCUCGAUUUACAUGCCGUUCCUGGUAGCCAGAAUGGUUGGAAUCACUCUGGACGCUUUGGAACUAUUGGUUUUUUGAGCGGACCCAUGGGUUAUGCGAAUGCUCAGCGAACGCUUGAUUACAUUCGAAUCCUUGCUGAAUUUAUCUCACAACCGCAAUACAAGGAUGUCGUAACAAUGUUUGGCAUUCUUAAUGAACCUCAAGAAACGUUUAUUGGUCAAGAUGUUUUGUCAAGUUUCUAUUUGGAAGCAUAUGAUAUUGUUCGCACCGCUGGAGGUACAGGGGCAGGCAACGGCCCGUACAUUUCCUUACAUGAUGGGUUCCUUCCUCGUGAUCAAUGGGCAAAUUUCCUGCCCAACGCCGACCGCCUUUCGUUAGACUCUCACCCAUAUCUUUGUUUUGGGCCCCAAUCCAAUGCUGCAAUGUCGACGUACGCCUUAACACCUUGUCAGAGAUGGGGCAGCGCUGUCAAUAAUUCUAUGGCUGCUUUCGGCCACACCAACGCGGGAGAAUUCAGCAAUGCUGUCACCGAUUGUGGUCUUUUCUUGAAUGGUGUUGGUCUUGGAACGCGCUAUGAGGGUGAUUAUGAUGGUGUCUGGCCUAGAAUGGGAAGUUGCAGACAGUGGACUGAUUGGCAGAACUAUGAUGAGGCAACUAAACGGGCUAUCCGUCAGUUUGCAUUAGCUAGCAUGGAUGCCCUUCAGGACUACUUUUUCUGGACAUGGAAAAUCGGCAACUCCAGCGUCUCUGGGGUGGUUGAGACACCUGCAUGGUCUUAUCAACUCGGGCUGCAGCAAGGUUGGAUGCCCACCGAUCCAAGGGAAGCGACCGGUGUUUGCGGAAACACAAGUCCAUGGACACCUCCUCUGAAAUCCUGGCAAACCGGCGGAGCAAAUGCCGGUAAUAUUCCUUCCUCCGUUAGAUCCAGUUUGGCGUGGCCACCAGCAAGCUUUAAGACAGGCGGUGCUGUUGCAUCGCUGCCUUCAUACACACCAACAGGCCCCAUCCCUACCUUACCCGGGCCAACGUUCUCACCUGUUAAUCCCACAGCAACGAUCGAUGUCGGAAAUGGCUGGGCAAAUUCUGCAGAUACCCAAGGAAUGCAUGUACCUAUUUCCACAUGCUCCUAUCCGGAUCCAUGGGUAAAUCCUUCCACGGCCCCUCCCCCCAUGUGUGGCGCCGGCACGCGCAGAGAAACUGCACCACGAUCUUUUAACACUGACCCUUUAUCAUCAUGA